AUGGAAAAUAUUUCAUUUCAUCUUAAACUUGCAGCAAUAACAACCUAUAAUGAUCACAUAGUCAAUAAUAUUCAUUAUCCACAGAUAUAUGGUAUUUGUUUUGAUAUAAAUACAAAAAAUAUUCGUAAAAUGGAAUUUAUCGAUAAUGGACCAGCGUUUCGUUUACGUACAUUAUAUCCAAUAGCUAAUAGUCAUGGUGCAUCGUGUAUUUAUUCAUCAUUGGAAGGAACAAUUAAAAUUAAAAAAAUUCAUAUAGAUAGUAAUUUAAUUGUACCUUAUUAUAAACGUUUAUAUACACACGGUUUUCAUAAUGAUCAACAAUUACUUACAAUGACAUCAACAUCACCUAAACAAGAACGAAAAUCGUAUAUAAUAAAUAUGAAAAAAACUAUUUUAUAUAUUUUAAAAUAUUAUAAAGAUAUAUCGAAAUGGUUUGAUGAACAAACACAUUCGAUUGUCUAUUAUCGUUCAAAUGAUAAAUGGAUAACUGAUAAUAAAAAAAUUAUUGAUGACAUUGAAAUUGAUCCAAUGUGGAAACAAUUUGUUGGUGUAAAUAAACAACGUUUAUUAUCAUCCAUACAAAUAUUUAAAAGAUUACAAUCAUCAUCAACACAAUAUUAUCCUAUUAAUGAUAAUAUUUAUGGACUUACAGAUGAUCAAAAACAGUUACGAGAAACUGUAUUUGCAUUUGCACAAAAAGAAUUAGCACCACAUGCUAAUACUAUUGAUCGUGAUAAUUCAUUUCCCAAACUUCGUGAAUUCUGGAAAAAACUUGGUGAUCUUGGUCUUUUGGGUAUUACAGCACCUGUUGAAUAUGGUGGUUUGGGUUUACAUUAUACAGAACAUUGUAUUGCAAUGGAAGAAAUAUCACGUGCAAGUGGAGGUAUUGCUCUAAGUUAUGGUGCACAUUCAAAUCUUUGUGUUAAUCAAAUUGUUCGUAAUGGUGAUGAUGCACAAAAACACAAGUAUUUACCAAAACUUAUUAGUGGUGAACAUUUUGGUGCCUUGGCCAUGUCUGAAUCUCAUUCAGGCUCUGAUGUUGUUUCAAUGAAAUUAUCCGCGGAAAAAAAAGGAAAUAGUGAAGGUUCCUAUCCACAAAAUUACGAAUCAACAAAAUUUACUAGUUUACCGAGUAAUUGGAAUCAAGAAUCAUGGUCUAUGCAACAAUCUCAACAGCCAUCUUAUUAUAGUUCAUCAUAUCAACAACAACAGAAUUAUCAAGAGACAAUUAACAAACAAAAUAAUAACAUUUCUCCAUCGUUUAAACUAUACGACUUUGGUCGAAAUAAUCGAAAUGAUAUAAUACAUUUUAUUUUUUCUGUUGUCGGUGUAUCAUAUAGCGUGAAACGUAUUAAACAUGAAGAAUGGGACAGAGUUAAAAGUCUAAUACCUAUUCAACAAUUACCUAUUUUACGCGUUAAUGAUCAAUUUAAAAUCUAUAAUCUCAAUGCAAUUGUACGUUAUUUAGCACGAGAAUUUAAUUUAUAUGGUUCAAGAAAUUAUGAACAUACCAUUGUUGAUAUUGUUCUUGAAUUAACUCGUCAAUUUCAAGAAAAACUUUUUGAAUUAAUUAAUAAAUCUACUAAUGUUGAACAACAAAGGCCACUUCUAACUCAAUUCAUUAUUGAUCAUGCAACAAGUUAUUUAAAUCAAUUAGAAAAAGUUUAUGAAAUAUAUCACAACGGUGGUCCAUUUUAUUUAGGUUCUCAAAUUUCAGUUGCUGAUUUAAUUGUUUAUCAAACAAUUAGUUAUUUAAUUGAUACCGAGCCAAAACUACUUGAUAAUUAUCCUAAUUUAAAAAAAGCACGUUGGUGUUUAGAAAAGCAUCCUCAAUUAGCCAAUUAUCUAAACAAAAAGCAUUUUAAAAUUAAAAAAAUACGUCAUACAACUGUACCGCCAACAUUACGUCAAGUAAAUCAUCAUCAUCGACAUCGAUCAUAUGACGAACAUAAGUAUUCUCAUCGUCAAUAUCCAACAGCACCAACACCUCCAUUACAAACAAAAGCAAAAUCACAACCACUUAGUUCUCAAUCGAUUGAAAAAAGUUCAGCACCUCCAUUACAAACAGCAAGACAAUCAAAACCAGCUAGAGCCCAAUCAACUGAAAAAAGUUCAGCACCUCCAUUACAAACAAAAAGAGAACCAAAACCACGUAGUUCUCAAUCAAUUGAAAAAAGUUCAAUACCUCCAUUACAACUAGAAAGAGAAUCGAAACCACCUAGAACUCAAUCGAUUGAAAAAAGUUCAGCACCUCCACUACAAACAGAGGGACAAUCAAAACCAACUAGAUCCCGAUCGACUGAAAAAAGUUUAGCACCUCCAUUACAAGUAAGAAGAGAACCAAAGCCAUCUAGUUCCCAAUCGAUUGAAAAAAGUUCAAUACCUCCAUUACAACUAGAAAGGGAAUCAAAACCACCUAGAUCCCAAUCGAUUGAAAAAAGUUCAAUACCUUCACUACAAACAAAAGAAGAAUUAAAACGACCUGCUUUUCAAUCGAUUGAAGAAAGUUCAGCACCUCCACUACAAACAAAAGCAGAGCCAAAACCGCCUAGUUCUCAAUUAAUGGAAAAAAGUUUAAUACCUCCGCUACAAACAAAGAUAGAAUUAAAGCCACCUACUUUCCAAUUGAUUGCAAAGAGUUCAAUGCCUCCACUACAAACAAAAGCCGAACCAAAACCACCUAGUUCCCAAUUAAUUGAAAAAAGAUUAAUACCUCCACUACAAACAAAAGCCGAAUUAAAACUACCUGCUUCUCAAUUGAUUGAAAAGAGUUCAAUACCUCCAUUACCAACAAAAGCAGAAUUAAAACCACCUAGUUUGCAAUCGAUUGAAAAAAGUCUAGAACCUCCUUUAUUAAGAACACAAGAAUCAAAUUUAUCUAGUAUUCAAUCACAAGAAAAAGAACCAAUACGUGAUUAUUAUGUUCUUAAUGGAAGUAAAUUUUGGAUUACAAAUGGACCGGAUGCAGAUGUACUUGUUGUUUAUGCAAAAACAGCUCCAAAUAGUGAAAAGCCUCAACAUGGCAUAUCAGCAUUUAUUGUUGAAAAAGAUAUGGAAGGUUUUUCAACAGGAAAAAAACUUGAUAAAAUGGGCAUGCGUGGAUCAAAUACAUCUGAACUUAUAUUUGAGGAUUGUAAAGUUCCAGCUAAAAAUUUACUUGGCAAAGAAAAUCGUGGUGUUUAUGUAUUAAUGAGUGGUUUAGAUUUUGAACGUCUUGUACUCGCAGCUGGUCCUGUUGGUUUAAUGCAAGCUUGUUGCGAUAUUGCUUUUGAGUAUGCGCAUGCUCGAAAACAGUUUGAUAAACCAAUUGGUACUUAUCAAUUAAUACAAGCAAAAAUGGCUGAUAUGUAUACAACAUUAAAUGCUUGUCGUUCUUAUUUGUAUACAACGGCAAAAGCAGUUGAUAAAAAUAUUAUAAGUAAUAAGGAUUGUGCCGGUGUUAUAUUAUAUUGUGCUGAAAAAGCUACACAACUAUGUCUUGAUGGUAUACAAAUUCUUGGUGGUAAUGGAUAUAUCAAUGAUUAUCCAACAAGUCGUCUUUUACGUGAUGCUAAACUGUAUGAAAUUGGUGCUGGUACAAGUGAAGUUCGACGACUUCUUAUUGGACGUUCUCUUAAUGCAGAAUAUGGAAUAAAAUCUUAA